AUGAAUCAGUCACUGAUGCAGUGUGUCAAGUACUGUUUUCAAAAAGUGAAGAACUCAUGCUUGAAUGGUGCCCCCUCAGUUUUUCUCAUCCACAAAACAGUAAUUCAAGACUGUGAAGACGAAGACACAGAUAAACUCGCCAUAGAUGUUUAUUUUGAAGAACACUUGAUCAGAAGACUCUUGGAAGAGGAGUGUGUCAUGGAUGCUUUAAAAUUUUCAGGAUUUAAUUCACGAGACUUUGUGAGAAACAUUAAGAAGAAACUCAAGGAGAAAGUUACAAAUUACAAGGAUGUUCUUUUGCAAGCCAUAUCAUUAAAGCAUUUUCCAUUGGUAGAGGAGAUUGUAGUGAACGUCUUGAGGACUCUGCCUGGGAGUGGAGAGUAUAUCAAGCAUCUGGCUCUGGUAAGAGCUUGUGAGGCUGGCAACAAAGAAGCUUAUGACCUGUUGCUUAGUGUGGGUGCAAAGGUCAACCUUCCCUGCAUGGCUGCUUGCAAGGAGGGUAAAUGUCCACAAAUUAUCCACAAAGUUUUAAGAGAGCUUGUUAACCAGUUUUAUAACCUCUCUCCUGACAUACUGAAGGAAUGGAUUUUGAUUGUCAUAACACAUGGAGAUAUUGAUGCAGUAAAAACCUUCAUCACAAAUCUCCAAGGUAGAAAAGGCAGACAUGACUUGAUCGUCAGCGCCCUUGAGGUGGCUUGCAAACUUGGAUCUCUUGAUAAAUACAACGCAGUUAGCUGUGAUGGAUUAAGUCCCAACUGGACAAGCCUGUUAGUAAGUGCCAGUGAAGGUGGAAAUGAGAAAAUCAUCACACAUCUCCUGGAGCAGAGAGACCAUGCAACAUCGGAUGAAAAACCAUGCAAUACAAACCUGGAAGAGAUGUUUCUUGCAGCUUGCAGGUUUAAUAGAAAGGGUGCAGCAGAGGUCCUUCUGAAGAGAAACCCCAGUGUGUUAGAUGGAGUUACUGAAACAGGCCAUACAGCUCUUCAUCUUGCUGCAAGUGUUUCUCACAUUAACAAACCAGACACUCUCACGUGGCUUCUCACGGUGAAGACCUGGGACACCACCACCACUGACAUUGAUGGUUUUACUGCUCUGCAUUCAGCAUGUGUCACUGGGAAUGUGACAUGUGUGGAACAGUUACUGAAGGCAGGGUUUGAUACACAGGCUCCAGAUAAACAUGGAAAUACCCUCUGCAUGUUCAUCUGA